CUCGAAACAUCGGGUCUCCCCCGGUGCGACGUUAGUGGGGAUGCGAAUGAUAUAAAAGCAGCCGGAGCGGCUAGUGCGUCAGUCCAAAAAUACGAAACACAGAGUGAAGUUCAUUUUACUGAACAAGUUGAAUACAAUCCUUAUGAGAUCAAGAAUGACUCUCGUACCGAGGCUGUUUUCUCACUGGUGGGAAAACUUGGAUCGUCCACACCGUCUGCUGGACCAGAACUUCGGCCUGACGAUUCGUCCCGAGCAGUUCAUGAGGGACUUCGACGGGAUAGCCGACAGAAUACUCCGCGAUUUCGACAGGAAACCACUCACAGCCUAUUACCGACCCUGGGCAGACCUGAUGAGGGAGGAAAAUGUUGGUUACUCAGUCGUUAAAGCUGACAAGGACAGAUUCGCAGUUUCCCUCGAUGUCCAGCAGUUUAAACCAGAUGAGGUCAACGUCAAAGUCGUCGACAAGUACAUCGUCGUGGAGGGCAAGCACGAGGACAAGAAGGACGACCAUGGUAUGAUCUCUCGCCACUUCGUCAGGAAGUACCUGGUUCCAGAGCAGUGUGAUCCGGAGAAGGCCUCCAGUACGCUGUCAUCUGACGGAGUCCUCAGCAUCACAGUGCCCAGGAAACCAGAGUCCAUUGAGCAGAAAAAGGAGAAACCCAUCCACAUUGAGCACACGGGGAAACCUGCCCUUGAGGAGAAGACGGAGGAGCCUGUUAAAAGUGCUGUUAAGCAGUGAGAAGGUUGAGGUGGGUCAACGCACCUUCUGCCAUAGAAUAUCCCAAAAAUCCUAGAUUGUGAUGCUACGUACAUAAGAAAAUUUAUAUGUCCAUUUCAUUUCAUUUUUUUGUAUUUUUUGAAAGAGUAGUUUGGUCAUCCACUCACUUCAUUUGUUUGUUUAUGAACGUUUGAAAGGUGGUUCCUUUUGUGUAAUCGGUAGGGAGGUGUAUUAAUAAAAAAAUUUUAAAGAAGAAAAAGAA